AACAAUCGUGCGCACAGGGACGCGAGAUCGCGCGCGCGUUGGUCCGUCGGUGCGCGGGUGAGGAAGUUUGCGGCGGUUAUUCAAGCGGGCCUCCUCGCUGCUCUUCGAUAUCACGUCGCCGGUGAAGCUCUCUCAUAGAGACCACCACAUCACCGGCGCUGCUGGUGCUCCUGCGUUAUGUGACCGGGUGCGAGCUCCGCAAGAGAAUUCCAGAGGAACAAAAAAAAAGCAAACAAACGCUUCUCCAUACUGUAGCCCUUUGCGCCGGCAGUGUGUGAUCUCGCGCCUCCGACUCUCGGGAAAGGAAAUUGAUCACCGGACUAGCGUCGCGGUUCUCCGGAGGAGAAAGGUGCGGGGAUCCGCGCGAGACCCGACGCUACAACCCCGGGGCCGGAAAAGCGCGAGCCAGCCGCGGGAGUCUGCAGCCAGCCCGAUCGCAGAACGGACGGAGAGACACCUGCUGCUGCUUGUGGAGGCAGCUGAAGGUUCCGUGUAAUCAUUGUUCUUCGUGCGUUUCGCGUUGUCUGUGACCUUCCUUCAUCGCUGACUGCUGCAGUUGUGUGUUCGCCAGUGUUUGCAACGCUGCGUGAAGAAAAGGACGACCAAACCGAGGGAAAAAAGGAAUUGACAGACACCUGCCUGUGUGCGCACGCAGAGUCGACUCCGCGAGCAACAGAAAAGAGAGAAAGGAAUCCGAAUCGGGAGUUAAGGAACGCCGCAAUUCCGAACGAUGGAUUCGGUCAAGACUCCGGCCAAGAAGAUUCCGAUACACCUGAAGAGCGCCCAGACCCGGGUGGUGAUAAAGGGCGGCAAAGUGGUCAACGAUGACAUGAUCAUUGACGGAGACGUCUACAUCGAAGAUGGCAUCAUCAAGCAAGUUGGCAAGGACCUCACCAUACCGGGAGGCACCAGGACCAUUGAAGCCAAGGGACAACUGGUCAUACCAGGUGGAAUCGACACCGCCACGCACUUUCAGCUACCGCUGCCCAGCGGCAUCAAGUCGGCCGACGACUUCUACUCGGGCACGCGAGCUGCCGUGGCCGGAGGAACCACCAUGAUCAUUGACUGCGUUCUGGACACAACGUGCUCUCCGCUGGAGGCCUUCGAGAAAUGGAAAAGCUGGGCCGACGAGAGGGUGUGCUGCGACUACGGCCUUCAGCUGGCUGUCACGUCCUUCGACCCGAAGACAAAGGAGGAGCUUGAGACACUCGUCAGGGAGAAAGGUGUCAACGCCUUCCGAGCUUACCUCAGCAUGGAGUCUCUGAUGCUGAGCGAUCUUCAGCUUAUGCACCUGCUUGAAGUUUCUAAGCAUUUGGGGGCUUUGACUACAGUCCAUGCUGAGCACGGUGGCAUCAUUACAGAGAACCAGAAAAGGAUUCUUGGCCUCGGAAUAACGGGACCUGAAGGUGUAGUCUAUAGCCAACCCGAGGAGGUGGAAGCAGAGGCUACCCUUCGAGCAAUCGUCAUGGCCAAUCAGGUGGCAACGCCGCUGCUUAUAUCGCCCGUGAUGAGCAAGUCUGCGGCCGAAAUGAUUGUACAGAAACGCAACGACGGUUGCGUAGUGUUCGGCCAGCCCACAACGGCCAGCCUGGGCACCGAUGGGAGCCACUACUUCAACAAGUGCUGGAGCCAUGCAGCGAGUCACGUGACCUCACCGCCGCUGAACCCGGACCCUUCCACGCCUAGCCGUCUCAUGGACUUACUCGGUUGCGGAGACCUCCACGUCACCGGUUCCCAGCACUGCACCUACACAACUGCACAGAGAGCUGUCGGAGCCAAUGACUUCACCAAGAUCCCGCACGGAGUCAACGGCGUGGAAGAAAGGAUGCUGGUUGUCUGGGAGAAAGGAGUGAUGACUGGCAAGAUGGACGCCUGCCGUUUCGUUGCUGUCACCAGCACGAAUGCUGCCAAGCUGUUCAACAUUUAUCCUAAAAAGGGACGCAUACAAGCGGGAUCAGAUGCCGACAUCGUCAUUUGGGAUCCCAAGAAGUUGACGCUGAUAUCGAAGAAGUCCCACAAUUCCGCGGCCGACUUUAACAUCUUCGAAGGAAUGCAAGUCCGUGGCGGACCGCAGUACGUCAUCUCUGGAGGACACGUGGUCAUGGACGACGGCCAACUCAAAGUGAGCCAGGGGUCCGGGCGCUUCAUCGGCCUGCCACCAUUCUCACCACAUACCUUCAGCAGUCUCUUCGAGAGGGAGCGGGCCAGCCAGCACCUCAAGGUGAACCGUGACGGCUACGACGGACCCGUGGGGGACCAGAUGAUGAACGGAGGCGACGGUGCUACACCGCUGAAGAAUCAGAUGACACCUCCGAGGGGACAGGAGAGUCCCUUCAGCCCGUCGGAGUUCCACACCCGCGGACCCACUCGCAGCGGAGGUCGCAACCUCCAGGACUCCAGCUUCAGCCUGUCAGGAGCACAGAUCGACGACAGCCAAGGCACCAGGAGCGGCAUCCGCGUCCACAACCCACCGGGUGGCCGGUCCAGCGGGAUCUGGUAGAGCCCGGAUGGAACGACCAGCGCCGCCCUCUUUACUGUCGAAUUAUUCUCGUGGUCCCGGCCCUGCUAUACGGUCUCUCCCUCACCCCCCCCCCCCCUCGUUUUUUUUUUCUAACUCCCUCCAAACUGUUGUGCGCAUUGAGAAACUAGCUACUGCCUCCAUAAACCUCAUUGCCUACAAUAACAGCAAAGCACAUGCCCUGUUCGCCGAAGCUCUGUAAGCGUCCUCUGCCUUGUCUCAGCAACGUGCAGUGGUGGUAUUCCGAUGCUGCUCAUGAAGACUUGCUUCAAGUGCGCUAGUGUAAGCGAUCAGAGCAUGACGGCUAUAACGGAGUAACUACGGAGCAGCUACGGCUCGUUAAGGAAAAUGACAUCGAGAGGAGAGGAGCCACUUAGAAACAUGUUAAACGGCCAUCCGAAACAGCUUCCUUUUCUCCCACACAUUAUCCAUAAGGAGAGACAAGUCUCUCGAACGGUAGCCAUUAUGAAGCAGAUGAAAUGAAAUACCUUCAUAUCCAGCCUCCAUAGCCAUCCUACAUUUUUUUUUUUCGCAGCAGAAGGAAGCGUUUGGUGCCAAAUGUGUGUCAGACAGUAAACGAACAACUGCUUCCCACAGCAGCAGCAAAAGUUGUGCUUUUUUAACCUCCUAAAGGUUGUGCUCUUAAUGGCCUUGAAUGAUGAACAGAAGCGAGUCGUAGAUAGGCUGGUCACAAGUAAUCCGCCUCCGGUAGGAUUUGCAUUGUAGUUAGACAGUAGUAAAGUACCUGAGUUUUUAUUAAUAUUUUGUGUGUCCUUUAAAAGAAAUAUAUGUGCAUUUUAAGUCGCUAAACAUUGUCAGUUAACACAGCUGCGUUCCAUUAGGUUGUCCACUAGAUAUGAUGGCAGUGGCCGAUAGAACUUUUUUUUUUUGCAUUUUAAGACAGCGUUCGCCAUGUAACUUAAGUGUAGCAGUAAAUAGCAUUUCAUACUUCAGAAACAAAGGCGCCGGUAAAAGUGCACAACACAGCAAAAACAGAGCCUAUGUUCUAAGCACACAUGAUCGUGUGCGGGUGACGAUCUUAUACUAACAAUGACGCCCACUGUUCUAUUGCGUUAUUGCACCGCCAGGGGAAGAUCCUUAAAAGAAGUCGAGUGGCAACACUUGGCAUCCUCGCAUUCAUAAACUGUAAGAACUAUUUGCAACCCUAACAAACUGGCAAAUUCCAGCGGGAAAUUAAAGUAUUGUAAUGCCGGUCAUCUAUUCGGUCAUUUCCAACUGAGGCUUGCAUGCUAGAUGCAACGCCUAGCGUUUUGUAAUCGCGUUGCUCUGAAACGUAAACUGAGUGUUCAUAUUCAGAAAAUCAGUGGUCCGGCAGACACAUUGCAAGUGUAGCUAUAGCCGAAAUGUGUGAGUGAUGUGUGUACCUGUGUGUUUCCACGAGUACGUCUGCAAUUAAAGGAAUUCAGACUGUA